AUGAAAGCAGAGGAACCAAACGCCGCAUGUGUGUCAGCUCUUCAUAUGAUACUCGAGUCUCUGAUGAGAACCACCAUGUUCUCAUGCGAUCUCUCGAUAACACUUUAUCCAGAAACACAUGAGAGAUUCAUACAAGACUACUUGGACCAGUUUUACCAUCUCUUUCUCGACAAACUAAGUCUUAUGGAAGAAAAUGGUGGUGUUUCUGAGAUUUUGAUAAACGUCUUGGAGAUUCUGCCUGGCUGGAACCGUCACUUAGGAUUCGAAGACCGGGUGAAAAUGAAGUGCACUAGAUGCAAGAUGGAUAUUCAAUAUCCACCACCACAACCUUCUUUUGGUAUACUCAUCAUUGCCAAUUCACUCAGAGAAACCAAGGCAUAG